AUGCACAAUAUCUUUAAUUUACCUGUUUUGGCAAUUUUUAUUUUACAUAGUUGUAAUUAUGUCGAAAGCUAUGUAACUGGAAGGGAAGCUAACAUAAAUACUUCACAGCAUGAAUCGCCUCAAAACAAUUCAGCACGACCAAAUAAAGACAUGAUUAACGGAAAAUUUGAGGCCGAAACUACACAAAACCCCCUUUCAAAUAAGAUGCAAUAUUUUCGACAUGAUGCAGAAUCUACCACAUGCGAGUCCAAAAAAGCAAAUGCUGAUUUUCACGAGCUUAAGUUAGCUAAAUUACGGGAUAAACUUAAUGAAAUGAGGCAUAUAUUUUUAAAACGUGGUAAAAAUAUACUGAAGUUAUAUGACUUGGUGAAUAUGGUAAUGGACGAAAACGCUACUAGCGUUGGAGAUAGGGCUGCGUUGAAUAUUUGUUCAAAUUUUGGUUGGGAUGAUGCAGAUAGUGGCUGGAAACGUAGAUUUUCAACUUACAACUACCACCUUUGCCGAAUGGACCAGGGCGGGGGUGGCGAUUGCUUCUUUCACUCACUAGCUGGUUCUCUACGCAAUUCUGGGUAUACAAAGGGUAAAAUCAAGAGUUUUAACACCGAUAACCCCCAUUUUGCGCGAUUUGCACCGAUAAAUUUAACUGAUUCACACUAUUUUACCCAUGUGGAGUUGAGGAAAAUGGCUGCAGCCUUUUUCAUAACAUAUAAUCCAGAGCGAAUAGAUGAUAUUGAACAUUUUGACGAGGAAACAUUUUUAAAUAGAAUGCAGUUUUAUAAAGUGGGUGAUAUUAAAAAUUUGGAUACUAGUGAAGACAAGUAUAAGUUUAAACUUAGUAAGAAAAUAGGCACUGUGCCUAUAAUUACGAUUGCCAAUAAAGUAUACAAAUUGCAUGCAGAAGUGUCUGGCAAACAUUGGGGAGAUGCUUUUGACAAAGCCGCUUUGGAAAAGAUACUCAAUAUAUCAAUUAUCCUAUUCCGUAGCGGCGAUUCUUGUUUGCUAUUGGGCGAUUACGAUCGUUUUAGCUCCCCGAAGGCCUUUGUAUUAAUAUAUUAUUUCAAUAUGUGUCACUACCAGUCUUGUGGACUGGUGAAAAUUGGAAACCCGACAAAGAUACAAUCCACAUAUAGCAAAGACGAACUUCCAGACACGCUUUCUUUAAUAGCCUUUUUGGACACUGGAAUAGAGAUUAAGUCGUAA